ACACUUUAUGAAACAGCCGCUUACCGGAGACACACCGACUGAACGCCUGUAAGUCAGUUGGUGUCUAACCGAGAGACGCGGGCACCGAGCCACCGACACAACAGGUGAUUAAACCGGCUGCUGGUCAGACUGAAGCAGCGCUGGAAGCCGCGUCAUCCAGACGCACUUCCUGGAGGAGUCGGCGAAAUUCAAGCUGUGUGCGGUCAUGAACCCCAAAAAUGACGGCAUUUGCGGUUCCGACAUUUAAUUCAAACAAAUAAAUAGCAGAAAUAGCAUUUACUUAUUUCCAUGGUGGAUAGCGGAAAGUAGUCUUUACGGAGACAAGUAACGAGGAUAAGCCACGCCCCCUUUCAGGCGCGCAUAAAGCGGGACGCGAAUGAGGAAAUAACGACAACUAGUCGGGUCCUUCGAUGGACCGUGAUGAAUGCCUCUGUAUUCAGUCCACUUCAGUGUGGGACAUGUCCCCUCCAGCCUCUACGCAUCCCCUGCAGAUUGAUCUGUUCCAGCCAGAAUAGGAACAGGGCAUCGCAUCAAAGCCUUGAACUCCGUCUUCAAUCGGGGAAGCCAGAGCUGUCCCUCCUCUCUCUGCUUGAUAUGGGAUUCACAGACUCCCAGGCUCAGCAGAUAUACGAAGACACGUCCAAACUCAGAGGAGAAAGUGCUGCCAAACACGCUCUGUCAACCCUCACUGCUCUGUUCGUCCUGGGCCUCAAUCCUUCCAGUGUGCAGAAGCUGCUGGAGAAGUGUCCUGAACUCUACACAGUGAGGGAGUCACUGCUUCAGCAGCGCGUUGGCAACUUGCGUAAAUUAGGUUUAGUUGAAGGCAGUCUGCAGAGAGUGGUGUCCCACUUCCCCCAGAUCCUCACCGUGCCCGUGAAGACCGUAAAAAGCAUGGUGAUGUUCCUCAGAGAGAAGUGCCUGUUCACCGUCCAGCAGGUGACGGACACCCUCAGAGACACUCCGGCCAUAGUCUUGGAAAACAUGGAUCAGCUCGAGUAUAAGUUUCAGUACGUCUACUUCCGGAUGGGGGUCAAACAGGCGGAGAUGGUGAAGUCCCGGCUGUUUCGUUACACCCUGGACGAGGUGCGCAGUCGACACACUUUUAUAGAGCGCAGGGGUCUGUAUCAAACCCCAGACAAGAAGGGCCAAACGAUCAUCAUCAACCCCAGACUGGACACCAUCCUCAACGUUGACCAGGACGCUUUUCUCACAGAUGUUGCCAAUGCGUCAGCAGAGGAGUAUGAAGUGUUUAGGAGACUGCUGGCGAGAGAAUGGCAGGAAGAAGAGUGGCAGCAUGGCAGCGUUGAAGCCGAUGGUGAUGAUGAUGGUGAUGCGCUAGAGGAGGAGGAUGAAGAGGAUGAGGAGACCAGAGGGAAAGGUGGAUACAGGAAGAAGAGAAAAUGAUAGAGCACUGUGGGAGACACUGAGAGAACGUGUUAAGAGGACGUUGUAUGAAAGGCAUGUACUGUGGGGAGGUUAUAAACAAACCAAUAAUAAAGUUUCCUUUUAUCGGUU